CGAGAAAAAGACUGAGAAAGAGAGCUUUACACUGCAUCAGUUGAAGCAGGGAAAUGGGUCCAUUGUCCUCUAAAUAAAUUCAAAACCUCUUUUGUUAAGAACACGAUCCGGGUCUGUCGCUCCUUUCAGCCUUGGCCCCUUCUCUCUUCGAAUACAAAGGAAUAGUGAGUGUAUGGUCAUGGAUGAUGAAACUGGAAUGGCCGAUCUGAGGCAAUACAUGAACCGGAGGCCUUUCUUUCCACCGAUUCCUCCGGCAACCGACCUGUUAUCCGGCCACCAUCCCGGGUUGACGCAGCCGCAGCAGUACGACAUGUUCAUGAUACCACCUGGACUUCAGCCGGCGUUUAGGUCUGAUUCUACUACUAGUAAUACUACUGCUGGUGGUGGUUCGUCUAGUAGUGCUGGUGGUUUUGGUGGGUUUGAGUUAGAGGGUGGUGGGCUUAAUGGUUGUGGUGAUGGUGGCACUGGGCGGUGGCCUAGGCAAGAGACGCUUACUCUUCUUGAGAUCAGAUCGAGGCUCGAUCCCAAGUUCAAGGAGGCCAACCAAAAGGGUCCUUUGUGGGAUGAAGUCUCAAGGAUUAUGUCUGAGGAACAUGGAUAUCAGAGGAGUGGCAAGAAAUGCAGAGAGAAGUUUGAGAAUUUGUACAAGUAUUACAAGAAGACUAAAGAAGGCAAGGCAGGUAGACAGGAUGGCAAGCACUAUAGAUUUUUUCGCCAGCUCGAAGCGCUCUAUGGUGAAAUCAGCAAUACAGUCCCAGUCUCGGAAACACAUCUUGCCGGAAGCACUUUUCGAUAUAAUAUAUCCAACAAUAACGUUCUAACACCUAAUCAGCAAGAAGCCCUUCAGGCUCCAAAGCUCUCAGAUACUAGCCUUAGUCUAUCUAAUUCUUCUGAUUUUGAUACUACGUCAUCAGAUGGAGGAGAUGUUAAUGGAGGAACAAACGAUGACUCGAGUGGUAAUAGGCAGAAGAAAAGGGGUAAGAGGAGGUGGAAAGCAAAGAUAAAAGACUUCAUUGACGCACAAAUGAGGAAACUGAUGGAUAAACAGGAGGCUUGGAUGGAGAAAAUGAUGAGGACAAUUGAGGACAAAGAACAAGAGAGGAUUAUAAGAGAGGAAGAAUGGAGGAAACAAGAUGCAGAUAGAAUAGAAAAAGAGCACAAGUUUUGGACUAAUGAAAGAGGAUGGAUCGAAGCACGGUAUGCUGCACUAAUGGAAGCUAUACGAAACGUUACUGGUAAAGAUCUUAAGGCUUCGCCGUCCGACGAACUGAUGGCAGCAGAAACUCGAAGUCUAAGUGAAAACCAGAAUAACGAUGAAAAGGGAGAUAUCUGGCCGGAAUGUGAGAUUACUAGGCUAAUCCAAUUGAGAACUAAUUUGGACUCAAGGUUUCAACAAGGUGGAAUUUCAGAAGAAGUUCUGUGGGAAGGAAUAGCAACAAAAAUGGCUUGUUUUGGAUAUGACAGGAGUGCUUUAGUCUGCAAAGAAAAGUGGGAGAGUGUCAAUAAUUAUGUAAUCAAGUGCAACAAGAAAAGAAAGGAGAAUCCAAAACCCUGUUUAUAUUACUGUCAGAAUAAUGAGUCUAUAAGCAAUAAUCAUGGAGGAGCCUUUUGUGAUAAUACCAGUGGACUAGGGCCUGAGACUUCACCUUCUAAUAGCAACACAGGAAAUGCAAUGAAUGAUAGCUGCUUUAGGUACUUUAUGGGUGAUGAUCAUAACAUGUGGGAGAAUUAUGGACUGAAACUCAACAAAUUAGGAUAGAAAAAUCAGAUCAAGAUAUAUAAUCUGCAUCAGAUUGUUUCUGAUCAAUUUAGGAAGAGAUUAUAAGCAGCUGAUGAAAAGAGGAGGCAACUGACAUAUUGUGUUGACUUGUGACUUGGACUUGGAAGGUGAGAAAUUUAACUCUAGUGGCUUUUUGUUGCUUCUCUUUGUUGUUGUAUUAGGCUUAUUUGUUGAUUAUUCUGCAUGCAGUUUAUAAUUUCAAGGUAAUAUUUGCAAAAACUUUUCUUCCUUUCAUGUAUUUGCUUAAGAUUGUGAGCAGGCAACAGAUUAUUUAUCAUGUAUGAUUGUCUGAAUAAUAACUUAUUUGAUCCCUACAAUUAAA